AUGGUUAUAGCCAUUGGAUUUGAAGGAAGUGCCAAUAAGCUUGGGAUCGGCAUAGUAAAAGAUGAAGAAAUACUUGCUAAUUGCCGAAGGACAUAUAUCACACCACCCGGUGAAGGUUUCAUGCCUCGGGAAACAGCAAAACAUCAUUCAGAAAAUAUCCAUGAGCUAUUACAAGAAGCUCUAGAUCAGUCUGGUAUCACUCCUCAAGAGAUAGAUGUGGUGUGUUACACUAAAGGUCCAGGAAUGGGCGCCCCUCUGAUGGUUUGCGCUAUUGUAGCUAGAACUUGUGCAAAACUUUGGAAGAAACCCAUUUAUGGAGUCAAUCACUGUGUUGGACAUAUAGAAAUGGGCAGGCUGAUUACCAAAGCUAAAAAUCCAACAGUUUUGUAUGUGAGUGGUGGUAAUACACAGAUCAUAGCUUAUUCACGCAAGAAAUACAAGAUAUUUGGGGAGACCAUUGAUAUAGCUGUUGGUAAUUGCUUGGAUAGAUUUGCUCGAGUACUGAAGUUAUCUAAUGAUCCAAGCCCUGGAUACAAUAUUGAACAAGCUGCAAAGAAGGGAAAGAAAUAUUUAAACUUGCCUUAUUGUGUUAAAGGAAUGGAUGUCAGUUUUUCUGGAAUACUUUCAUACAUGGAGGAUAAAAUUGAUGAAUUGUUAAAAGAGUAUACUCCAGAGGACCUAUGUUAUUCAUUGCAAGAAACUAUCUUCGCUAUGUUGGUGGAGAUCACGGAGAGGGCUAUGGCACAUUGUGGGUCUGAUGAGGUACUUAUAGUAGGAGGUGUUGGCUGUAACGAACGUCUCCAAGAGAUGAUGGGUGUGAUGUGUUCAGAACGCGGCGCCAAGAUCUUCGCUACAGACGAACGUUUCUGUAUCGACAAUGGCGUCAUGAUCGCAUACGCCGGGGCUUUGGCUUUCAAAGCAGGCAGCCGGAUGAGCUUCGAAGCAUCGACUAUUACACAGAGAUAUAGAACUGAUGAUGUAUGGGUUACUUGGAGGGAUGAUUAA